AUGCCUAAAAGAAAGAGAAGAAAUGAGCGCAAUGAGAGGAACAAGGAUAAGCAGCGCAAAAAACGAAAUGUCAAGAAUGCACAAAAUGAAGGAGGACAUGAAGAGAGAGGACUUGGAUACAUGGCUGAGAUGGACUCCUCUGAUGGGUUGUCACCUUCAUUGGGAGAACCUUUGGCCGAGAUUCAGGCCUCUCAUCAUGAGAAAAUGAAUCGAACAAAUGCUCUGAGGUUGGCAUCUCCUCAGGGAAGUCUGAGUACCAAAUACGUGUGUACGACACCGAUCUCUGAUUCUGUUGCAGUGAGUACUCCUAACAGAGUAUCUGUCACUGAUACAGUCUGUACACCUUUGAGUGUACCCUGGCACCAAGAUGGCAAUAUGCCAUGCCUUGCAGAUCAGACGCAACCAGUACUAUCUAUGAAAGAUAGUCUGGAUAUUACAAAAGAUGCAAAAAGGUCUAACUUGGUUGUUGAUAACAAAUUGUCUAACUUGGUCACAGAGAAAAACCAGUCUGCCUUGGUCACAGAAAUAGAACAGUCUAACUUGGUAACAGAUCAAAAGCAGUCUAACUGGGAAAGAGAAAAUAAUCAUUGGGGGUUAAAUUGCUUAAGUCAAAGUCCGGGCCAAUUUCACAGCUCAACUUCAGGGUUUUGUUUAAGUUUUGAAGGAAAUUUUCCGUCUUUUGCAAAAUCAGCACAGGAUAAUUCAGAAUUUACCUGUACCUUGUGUAAAAGUCUAACAUGUGUGUGUUAUAAACUUGAAAACAGAAAUACAAACUUCAAAAUUCAGGAGGAAAGUGAUGGAAAAGAAUUAAAACUUCCAUUACCAAAUGAAAAGGAAAGCCAAACGUUGUGGCCUAGCAUUCAAGGGAGCUUUAAUCAGGGAAAUGGCUUAUUUGGGACAAAUGCAGGUUUACAGUGUGUUCCUAACUGUUUAUCAGCUCUAACAUAUCACAAAUUGAGAUCUGCCUAUCUCUGGAAAACAAUAGACAUGGACAAAAUUCUUAUGAGUGGAAAUGAAUUGUAUGACAAAUUGCAAGAAUACACAAGUAUUGGUCAUCAUUAUCUUUUAAUUUCUGAUCUUCCAGAUGCACUUGAAAUACACAAUGAGAUGUUUUCAUUUACAUAUCAUGAGUCAAUAAACACCAUGAUUCCAGCAAACUUUGAUCAAGAAAUGCCCGAUUUGAGCCUAUUCAAUGCUAAAAGUUUAAUGGAGGCAUUAUGUGCUGGAUUAAAAGAAACAGAUGGAUGUUUUAUAUGCUUCCAUGAAAGUACCAUGAUGGUAGGAAAAUUAAAUCAGGGUUUCUUCCUUUUUGAUUCACAUUCCAGGUCACUUAGUGGGAAAGUAAUUGCUGAUGGGAAAAGUACAUGCAAAUUUGUUAAGCAUAUAAAUGAUGUUUACAUGCAUAUUAUGGAAUUAGCACAUUCCAUGACUAUUCCAUGUGCAAUCCAAUGUGAGAUAACCGGAGUAUCUUGUAAGUCAAUUGAUUGUUUAGAAGAUGUUAACCAUGGAAUGAAUGAGUCGCUUUCAAAUACACAGUGUUAUGAAGAUGUAAGAAUUUCUUAUGAAGAAGAACCCAGUGCUACAAAAUUUGAACAUAUGCCAGUCAAAAUAAGACAGACAUUGUGUGAAAAAUUUCACAUUCCAUUUUCUGUGGAUAAUAUUCCACAAGGUGUGAGUACAUCUGAUGCAGGAGGUCCACUUCGAACUUGGAAAGUUUUGGGAGAUGGGAAUUGUUUUUUCAGAGCAGUGUCAUAUUAUUUGUCAGGUUCAGAAGAUGCUCAUGAUAGUAUACGCAAUGAAAUGUGUCAAAAUCCUGUAAACUACCACUGUGUCUCUGGCAGAGGCAUUGAGUUGACCAAAGAAUCAAACCCUGUUUCAAACAACGUGGAAUUAUCCAGUCAAACAUUAGAAGCUGUUGAGAGAGAAAGGAACAGAAAAAGAGUCUGGUAUAGAAAACAAUAUGGAACAAGUGAAAAAUUUAAACAACAUGUCUUGUUCUCCAAAAGAAUAUACUAUGACCAAAGUCAUGUUAAGAAGAAAUUAAGGAAGAAAUACGAAGAUGAUGAGAUUUACAGAAAAAAAGUUGUAGAAGCAAGCAAGGCAAAAUACAAGAAAGAUGACAUGUAUAGGAAAAAUUUGAUACAGGUGGGCAAGGAGAAGUACAAGGGAAAUAGGGAAUACAGGAAGAAAUUACUUGAGACAGGAAAAUCAAAGUAUUUAAAGAAUGCAGAUUACAGAUGCCAUCUUAAAGAAAGCAGUAAAAGGAAAUACAGUACUAAUGCAAAACACAAAGCAGUUGUUCAACAAAAAAGCAUUGAAAAAUAUAAGAUUAAUAGCUCUCACAGGGAAAAGUUGAAAAAGCAGAGUAAAAGCAGGUAUGAAAGCAAAAGAAAAGAGAUCCAAACUAAGAAGAGAGAAUACAACAAAAAGAGAUAUAAAGCUAACCCUGAGGUUAAGCAGAAGAUACAGAAGAGCAGUCAAGAUCAGAAGAAGUCAAAAAAGAUGAAGUUUUUGGAGAUAGACUAUGUAAUGGAAAGUUUCAAAAUGAAAAUCAUUCAAGGUCCCAGUUGUGUAUGUGCUUGUUGUCACAGACUCUUGUUUGAAAACCAAGUAAAACGCAUCCAAUCAGAUCAUUUCAUGAACAAGUGUGAGUCCGUUAGGCUUAUUGCUGAAAAAUGUAUAUCAGAAGAUUAUAUACAUAAAUGCACAGAGCAAUGUUCAGAAAACUGUAACUCCUCAACCCUUUGGUUGUGCAAGACUUGUCACAGAAAAAUAUCAAAUGGACAAAUACCUGCAGAAAGUGUCUUUAAUGAUAUGGGACUAGUAGAAAUUCCAGUCGUUUUAAAAGAACUUAAUACAUUAGAAAAGCAUUUGGUUUCAAUGCACAUUCCAUUUAUGAAGAUAGCAGCUUUACCAAAAGGAGGGCAACAUGCAAUUCAUGGUCCUGUUGUUUGUGUGCCAUCAGAUAUCACACAAGUUCAACAUUUACCCAGAAUGGAACAAGAUGAUAUGGUAGUGAAAGUGAAACUGAAACGUAAGCUUCAGUACAAGGGAUAUUAUGAAUAUCAAUUUGUUAACCCAUUACACAUCCAGCAUGCUUUAGAUUACUUAAAGGAACAUAAUGAAUGGUAUGCAGAUGCAACAAUAUUACCUGGAAGAUAUGAGGACAAAAAAGUAGAAAACCAGCAUGAGUCUGAUCUUAAAAUUGGUGAACAUGAAAAUGAACAAGAAGAUGAUGAUGCUGGUGAUGAUGACAACAAUAAUAAUGCAAUGACUGGCAUUCAAUAUGACACAUGCCUUCAACCUUCAGACAUAGGACAAGAAGUGUUGGAUCAUUAUUUUGAUGACAUAUACAACAUUGCACCAGCUGAGGGUAAAAAUCCUAUAAGAAUGCUUCAAGAGAAAGGAAAUGAAGCAAAAGCUUUCCCUCACUUAUUUCCAAAUGGAAAAAACACUUGGACAGAGGAACGGAGUAUCAACAUAACUUUGUCAAAGUAUUUCAACAAUCGACUCAUGCAUGUUGACAGAAGGUUUUCACAAGACACUGAUUACAUUUUUUUUAGUCAGUAUUUAUCAGAACUGAAGCAAGUUAUAGAUAAAACGCAAAUUUCUUUAAGAAAAUCAUUUGAAAGAACAAAGCAUGGAUCAAGAAUCACUACCGAUAUGCUGAAAGAUCCUGACACUUUAAGGAAGCUGUUUAAAAAUGAUGACGCUUUGCGUUUUCUACAACCAAUAAGGGGAACACCUUCAUUUUGGCAGAAUGUGCAGAAAGAUUUGUUUGCUAUGUUGAGACAGUUGGGAAUUCCAACUUGGUUUUGUUCAUUUUCCUCAGCUGAAUUUCGCUGGAGUGAAAUUAUAAAUAUAUUGCUUAAUCAAGAAGGUGAUACAAGAGUAGCUGAUGAAUUGGAUUGGACAGAAAAAAGCAAACUUUUGAAAGCAAAUCCAGUAACAGUCGCAAGAAUGUUUGAGCACAGGUUUCACAUAUUUCUGCAUGAAGUUAUUCUGAGCCCAGCACAACCAAUAGGAAAAAUUAAAGAUUAUUUUUACAGAGUCGAAUUUCAGCAAAGAGGCUCACCACAUGUCCACUGUCUUUUUUGGGUUGAAGAUGCUCCAAAAUUGCUUGAAGAUGGGAAACAAGCUGUUUGUGAUUUUAUUGACAAAUAUGUGACAUGUUCCAUCCCAGUCAAAGACGAAGAACCAACUUUACAUGACACAGUUCUUCAAGUCCAACAGCAUAGCAAGAAACACUCCAAGUCUUGCAGAAAAGGAGGAAAGGAGUGUCGUUUUAACUUUCCUAGACCUCCCACUUGCAAAACUUUUAUUACCACCCCAUUUCUAGACAAAAAUGAUGAUGAUGAUGAUGAUGAUGAUACUGAAAUGCAAAAGAUUCAUGCUAAAAACAUACUAAAAUGUGUUUGGGAAAAAAUUCAGGAUGAGCAUUUUGAUUGUGGGAAAACAACAGCUGAACUCUUUAGUGAACUGAAUAUACCUCAAGACAUUUAUGAGAAAGCUUACAACCUUGUUGGGUCAAAGCAGUCAGUUAUUUUGAGGAGAAACCCAAAUGAAUUGUGGACAAACCAGUACAACCCAUACUUAUUGAAAUGCUGGGAUGCUAAUAUGGACAUUCAGUUUGUGUUAGAUCCAUUCAGUUGCAUAGUUUAUGUUGUUUCAUACAUAUCAAAAGCGGAAAGAGAGAUGGGUAUGCUUUUGAAGCAGACAAAGAUUGAAGCUGCAGAGGGAAAUAUGAAUGCCAAGCAAACGAUGAAGAAAAUAGGCUCUGCUUAUCUACAUCACCGUGAGGUGAGUGUGCAAGAAGCAGUAUACCGAAUAUGCAAUUUAAGGAUGCGUGAAUGUUCUAGGAAAGUACUUUUCAUUCCUGUGGGCGAGAAUCCAACUAGGCUAAGUAAGCCCCUGUCACUCUUAACCAAGGACAAAACACAUAAACAUGAACAGGAGACUGAUUUAGAAAUUGAUGAUGAAGAGGAUUUAUGGAUGACUAGUAUUGUUGACCGUUACAAAGCUAGACCAUUGAAUGGUGAUUUCCCAUGCAUGUGCCUUGCAACUUUCUGCUCUGAAUUUAGAGUUCUAGCUAAGUCACAGAUUCCAAAAGAAGCACAUGAAGGAGUUUAUGAAUUGCUAGAAAAUAAAGGUUUCGUUCAAAGGCGGUCAAGAUCAGAACCUGCAGUUAUUCGAUACCCAAGAUUUAGUGCAGAAAAAACACCUGAAAAGCAUUUCCAAUCAAUACUUCAGUUGUAUCUUCCACAUCGCCAAAUUUGUCACCUUAAACCUCCAGGGUUUGACACAUACCAAGCCUUUUAUGAAAAUGGACAUGUCAGCUUGGAAGGCAGAGAAAAUCUUGCAUCUGUGAAGCAAAUCGUAGAUGCAAACUUAGCAAAAUUUGCACCAAAUGAAAAAGCUCUAGAUGAAGCACAGGAAAUGUAUGAAAUACUAGGUGAUGUUGAAGACGCAUGGGCAACUUUAUGUCCUGAAACUGAGCUUGAAAGGGACACAUGUAAAACUAAAGAGAGGAAGGAAGUUGAUGUUAAUGACAACACUCAAGCCAUACCAGACUUGUCACCCUCAGAUGUUCCCUUUGAUGUUCCAUAUACUGUGACAAAGUGUAACUCAAAAGAAGAAUUGAUGCCUUUGUUAAGAACCCUUAAUGAAAACCAACGCAAUGUGAUGUAUCAUGUGCGAGACUGGUGUCUUAAAACACUUGACAACACCAAACCUGAACCUUUUCAUAUAUUUGUUACUGGAGGAGCUGGAACAGGAAAAAGUCAUCUUAUCAAAAGUGUUCAACACGUAGCAAAUGAAAUCUUGAAAAAAUCUUGUACUGAACCUGACAAAACAUGUAUUCUGCUCACCGCUUUCACAGGAACUGCAGCAUUUAACAUAGGUGGCUGCACAAUACACCAUGCAUUUUGUCUGAAUAAGUACAUGCCUUUUCCUUAUGAACCUUUGAAAGAGCAGAGCCUUAGUCCAAUACGAGCUGAAUUAGAAGAAUUGAAAAUUCUUAUCAUAGAUGAAAUCUCAAUGGUGUACAAAAAGCUUUUGUAUUAUAUACAUGAAAGACUAGUUCAAGUAAAGAGAUGCAAGAAACCUUUUGGUGGUGUUUCUAUACUUGCUGUAGGUGAUUUCUAUCAACUACCCCCUGUAAAACAGCGACAGGGUGAGAGACUCUAUAUGGAAAAUGGCUCAUAUCCAGAGGAUUUUUGGAAUGAGUAUUUCAAACUUGUAGAAUUGAAGGAGGUCAUGCGCCAGAAAGAAGAUUUAUCAUUUGCUGAGAAAUUAAAUUCAAUACGCACAAGAACGUUAAAUGAAGAUUUACAUCCUGAUGUCCUUGAAAUGUUGAAGCGUUGUGUUAGAGAUGGAAAUGAAGAGGCUCUUCAUGUUUUUUCAACCAAUGAAGAAGUGAAUGAUUUCAACUUGAAUAUGAUCAGGAAAACUUGUGAAAACAUCCAGGAAAUACCAGCAAAAGAUUUUGAAAGGGACAAGACAAGUGGAAAACUACAUUUGCGAGACACUCCAUUUGUUCGCUGCAAGAAUGACAGUAUGACAAGUUCAUUAAUGCUAUCUGUUAAUGCUAGGGUUAUGUUAAUUCGCAAUAUUUGUGUUGCAGAUGGACUUGUGAAUGGCGUUACUGGAACAGUGGUCAAAAUUGUGAAGGAUAACAUCAGUGCAGAAGUGAAGGCAAUAGAUAUUUCUUUCGAUAAUAAAAAUGUGGGAAAGAAAUCAGGACAAAAUGUAGGAAAUGUUACUAUUGUGACAGUUAAUCGAUAUGAAGAGGAUAUGAGAACAUCAUCAAACAAAAAUUUUGUUAGGCACCAGUUUCCGUUACGUCUGGCCUGGGCAUGUACAGCACACAAAGUACAAGGCAUGACAACUUCAGAAAUAGUUGUAGACCUCAAUCGCACUUUUUCUGCAGGACAGGCUUAUGUGGCUUUAAGCAGGGUGACAACUGAGAGGGGUUUAAGUAUUUCUGUUGCAAAUGAACAGAUUUUCCAUAAUAAAGUCUAUGCUGACAAAAAGAUUUCAGAUGCCAUGUCUAAAAUGCAACAUCUUUUCACAGUAAGCAAUCAAGAUGUACCAUAUAGAUCAAUUGUUUUGCACAACAUUCAAAGCUUACAACAUCAUUUUGUUGAAUUACUACAUGAUGUUACAUUUAGAAAAGCAGAUUUAAUAUGUUUGACAGAAACAUGGUUAUCAGAUUCUCAAAAUCUUGAAAAUUUUGCCUUGGAAGACUUUCAGUUACAUCAUGUCUCCCGAUAUCAGGCAUACUCAGGACAAGAUGAGACUUUCAUCAAAUUGAAAGAAGCAAAAGGAGGUGGAGUUGCAGCAUAUAUAAAAGACAACAGCACCAUAGCAAGAGAACAGUUUCCAUUAGAAAAUAUAGAGGGAAUGAUGCUUAAAGAUACAGUUGCUGAAAUCACAAUAGUUGUCAUUUACAGACCCAAUGUUUACCCUACCAAGUUCUUCCUACAGAAUUUAACAAUGCUUCUCAAGGUACUGAAGCAAACUUCAAGAAACAGUAUCAUUAUGGGUGAUUUUAAUGAGAAUUUAUUGACUUCACCAACACCAAUUCAGAAGCACAUGGAGCAAUUUGGAUACCAUCAGUUAGUGACUUUCCCAACAACUGACAAUAGAACACUCAUAGACCAUGUCUACACUACAAUACCUCCAACAAACAUCCAAGUUAGCCUUUGCCCAACAUAUUACAGUUACCAUGAAGCAAUAUCUAUCAACAUCCCUUCAAAAAUAAGUUAUCAUUAG